GGCAGGGGUAGGGGACAAUUUGGAGGAGGUGAUGGGGGUGGUAGCCGAGGCAGAGGGGGCUUUAAGAGAGACUUUAGAGGUGGAGACAAAGGACCCAACUACAAAAGAUUUAAACAGGAGGAAGAAGUGGAAAGUGACAACUGGUCAACUUCUGACAGGCAUUCAGUAAGUUUAUGAAUUUAUGAGAAUAAUAAUGUUCAGGCCACAAUUCACCAUUAAUUGUUUAUCUUAAUUUGAAUAAUUAGAGAUAAUAAUUUUAAUACCUGGCAUUUUCAAUUUAAGUUUAUAGAAUCAAGCUAGAUAAGUGAUUAAAAUAAAUUUUAACUUCAUAAGGGGUAAUGUUUAAUUGAAAAGAUUAUUCAGAUUUGAAAUAAUGAUUGGUGGGAUUAUUUUUUGUAGGUCAAAAUGGUUCUCUGGAAAAGGAUUUAUUUGCGGAUCGAAUGAAUAUAGUAAUAUAAAAUUAAGUAAUUUAAUUUCGAGCUACCUUUAUGUUACAGUAAGUUUUUAAAAUAAUGAUGACACAACUUUGUUUAAUUAAUUCUUACAGCUGAUGCAGUCCCCAUACAUGGAAAAGGCUCCAGAGAACUUGGAACAAGAUUGGUUAUUUAUUAUUUGUCCAUCUGGUAAACGUCGUAUAAUAGUUGCAGCAAAUGUGAGUAUUUACAACAUAACAUGCAACAAUUUUUUUGUCCUAUUCAUCGUCUUUCAUCAAUGAAUAGGAUCGUAAAUUAAAAUAGCUAUUUCAUUAGUUUCUUUUCAAUUCCAGUACAGUUUGAUGUUUAGUAUAGUCAUUAUUUAAAAAAAACAUAAUUGUGUACUGUUUUUAAUUUACAAAUAAAUUUUGAGCAUUAGUCCAUAUUAUUUGUCUGUGUUCACUUAUCAGUUUAAAAAAAUGUGUAAAGUUCUAAAAUAUAUUAUUUCAAUUCCAUUAGGAUAUCACACAGACCUAUAAGGAUGGAGGAGCAACAGACUUGAAAUUCAAGUCUUGUUUACCAAGUGGGAAUCCUGGUCUGGCAGAAAUUCACAAAUAUGAUGGUCAGUCGACUGUUACGAACCCAAUAUUACCAAGUUGGAUAGCUUAGUUGUCUAGGGGUUACACUUACUCAACAAACCAUUGAUUCAUAGAAGAAACAUCUCUUUGUUAAAUAUAAAACAACUCAUAAAAUCCAACACUUCAGCAAUGCUAUUGUUCCACACCACAAUAACAUUAAUGACGUGGUUGUUUCCCUUGUCGUUUUCCCUUAUGCAAAAUAUGUCACAAAAUGCAAAGCAUGUUACAGCAACAUCUACCCCAAAUACUCUCCGAACCAAGGUGCAUUCACUAAACACAUACAAGUCCUUAACAUCAACCCCUUAACUUCUAAUGAAGGAAGCUUUUUUUGUGAUGAGCAAAAUGAGAUUUGUUAUCUUAUUUUUAAGAAUUUUUAAAAUCAUCUGCUGUGUGUUCAUUUUGCAGAUUAUGCUGGUGUGGACAAAAAUGAAUAGUCUCAUACUGAUAUAGCCCUCUCCUCGCCCACACCCCUUUUUUAUUAUUAAAAUUUUGAACAGUCAAAUUUAUAAUAUUUUAAUAUAAGUAAAUGCAGUUAUCUCCUUUCCAUUCAUAUUAUAUCACAUAACUAUCCUAAGCACAUAUUACAAACUUUACUGAGAUCCAGUCAUUUUAGUGCUGAACCAGAAUUGUUAAAGCCAUGAUUUCAAAGCUGUACUAAUUCAGGAAAUAAGUUGACUGUGCCAUACUUUUUAUUCAUUACAAAAUAUGUUAAUGAUAAUAAGUUCUUCUACAGAACUACUCUCUAAAUAUAUCUAUCAAAGCUCGUCUUUAGAUUAUCACCCUAAGCUUUUUUGGGCUACUAAUGAUUGCAAUGUAAAAAGAGUUCUUUUUUUGUCACUCAUCCAAACAUAUCAUGAGUCUUUCAUCUAAAUUUGGAUUUCUGUUCUGCUUCAGAAAGUUUAAUUUUAUUGUCAAUGAGAAGAUAUAUUUUUUUUAUAUCCUUUUUUUAAAUAACCAGUAAUUAAAAAAAUGUUAAAAAAAUAAUCUGAAAAUCCAAAAUUUCUGUAAAGGGUUGAGUAGGCAAUGAACUCAUGUUUUCCUUGCAAUAUUAUAAUAUCUAGACAAUGACAAGUUCUAUUUCUUAUUCUCCAUGAGUUGUAUUUUCUGUAACAUGCUCUACAAAGUUUGUACUAAAUGAUGAACUCUUUAUGAAGCUCAUCCCUUUUUUUUUAUUAUUUUCUUCAAAUGAUUAAAUUGCAUCUUUAACUUCAAUCAGGAAAAUUAAUUAAUUAAAUUUUUUUUCAGAUUUAACUAUUCUAGACUCUUUGUACUGCCCAGACAAGAAAUGCUUUUACAUCAUAGAUAUGCUUCAUUGGAAACACUAUCCAUAUUAUGAAACAGAGGUAAUAGAUGAAAAGCCUUUGUUUAUAUAAAGAAAAAACAUUUAUAUACAACUUCAAAGGAUUUUAUUGCUUUAUUUAAAAAACAUUCUUGUGUAUAAAGUAAGAAAAGUGGUCAAUAUUUUGUUUCAGUUCAAUGUGUGUCUCUACUAUUUGUUUGGAAUAUUUUCUGUAUUUCUCUAAAUGUACUUGGUGUUAUUGUAAGAAAUGGGUCAUAAGCUAUCACAAUAUUAAGGCCUUUGUUCUUACAAGGUCAAAUUGCAAAAUAUUCUCCAUUAAUGAACUGUCAAAUGAAACUGAAAACUCUUUGAGCUAUUAGGUUUAAAGGGUUUUGAUUUUUAAUUUUUAUAGAAUUUUACCUGAUAUAAAAACCACAAUUUAUUAAAGAAAUAUGCUAUGUCAACAGGCUGAAUUCAGGUUCUUCUGUUUACCUGACAAGUUUUCAGAGUUAAAGAGUCCUUCAGAAGUCUCAGCAAAUAAUGAAGUGAGUCGAGUUGAAUUUAAUUUUGUUAUCAUCUUUAAGACAGUGUAACUUAAGUUAGUUUAAAAAAUUUUAGAAUAAUUUAUUCUGUACACAUGGAAUUUACCAGCCUUCAUCUAAUUAUGUGGUAAAUCUUUAUUUGUUCAGAAUAAGUAGGAUCUUAUUUUAAUCAGUCAUGUUCUCACUUUUUGUGUUGUGCCAGAGGGUUGGGGGGGUGGUUGUACCAGAUAAUAACUAAUAUUUAAAGUACAUUUGUCGAACUUUAUUUUUACAGUAUCCCUUGGAGUUAUUGGAGAAACAUCCUUAUUCACAAUCAAAAUUAGAGUCUGCUCUGAAAUCAGCUGGGCAUAAGGUAAAAGUUUCAAGUGCUUUUCCAAUAUCUAGGCUUAGUCGUACCCUUAAUCUGCAAUAUAGUUGUGAAAAAGAUUUUUUUGAAAAAUAAUAUGCUAUUGUGUUUCCCUUCUCAUUGCUAAUAUGUCAAUGUUCUGACUUAGGCUUCCAGAAUCUUAUGUUUCUCCAUAUUCUGAAGUUGGAAUAGCCCAUGAAUAUUUAUUAGGACUACUUGUUUUGAAAUACCGGUACUGAAUAAAAACUAUUUUUUAUGAGGUUACUUAUCUUGCUACGUGUCCGGCUUAGCAUAUCUUACAGAAUAUAUAUACCAAAACAAUUACAAAUAAAUAAGUGACAAAUCAUAUUCCCAGAACCUUUUUUGUGCACAAACAGUAUUUGACUGUAUAAUUUUUCUUUUUACUAAUUUAAAAAUAUUCUGCUUUCUUUUCAAAUGAUUACAGGUUGAGGGUGUUUUGUUCAUCAAUAAAAGUUCACAAUAUGUUUGCAAGGAUUCUGAAGACACUUUUUGGUUGAAGUUGGACCAAAUUGAGAAAGUUUUAGGUUUUCCAUUGCCAGAGGGAGUUGAAUUUUCUGCAACUUCUGAGGAGGAUGACAAGAAAAAGGAAGAAUGGGAAACAAGGCAAAAGUUAAGGGCUGACAGGGAGGCGGCAAAACAAAAACAAGAUGAAGAAGAACAAGGCAGAGAAAAACAAGAUGAAGAAGAACAAGACAGAGAAAAACAAGAUGAAGAAGAACAAGACAGAGAAAAACAAGAGUCUAAGAAUCAAGAUGCAGAGCAGGAUGAAGUUGAGAGUCCUUCAGGUGCUGCUCAAGAUAAUGAUGAUUGUAAAGAAACCGAACCUGACCAAGAUGAUGGGGUCUGGUCAGCAGCUUAACAUCGGUUCUUUGAGAAGACUAAAAAUGAGGAUUGUAUAUUGUAAUUUAGAGUUAGCACUGCCACUUGACACUGCGUUUAUCAUCAUUAAAAAAUGGGUGACUUAUAUAUCUCAGUCUUGGCCUUAAAAAAAAAUGGGUGACUUAUAUAUCUCAGUCUUGGCCUUAUUGUCAUAAGUUAACUCUGAUUAAAUUAUGUCAGCUUAAAAAAAGCUUACAUGUAAAAAAAGAAUAAUUAUUUUUUGGCACAUUGGCAGCGAAAGUUAACUGAAAAUUGCCAAUGGCUUCAAUAACUAUAUUGCACCAUUUCUGCUUACUGAAAACUACCUCAAGUUAAAGCAAGCUUGAACUAUUGCAAAGGGGUGGAACUCAGGCCAAUGAUAAGUUUGUUAUUUUAUCUUGGUUUUGAUGGGCAAAGCAUUUUUUUUUAUAUUUGUUGAUGUUUGUAAUCAUUGAUUAAAAUGAUUUAUUUGUUGUAUUUAUUUGAAUGUUAUUAAUGUUAAGAAAGUUGGUGACAAAGAAAAUAAAAAGCCA